AUGCUAGAGACUCCGAGACAACUUCCACUGAGUACAAACAAAAUGAUAGGACAACCGAAUGAAAUCGAAAUUCUUCUGUUGGCUGUGCUGUUGGUCGUUGGUAUUUCAAGUGCUGUGAAGAUCGUACCUUUACUAAAAUCAAUCAAUAAUGACAGUACAAACUGUACAAGUGAUGCUUAUCGUAUAAAUAAGCAUGGUGCACAUGUUGUUGGCUUUGUCGCUCUAUACAGCAUGUUAAUUUUUCUGUUUGUUUCAUUUCAUCUUGGUCUUAUGAUUAAUCACCAACCAGUGCUGAAACAAUCACUAAACCUCAACAUGAAACCAUCGAAAGAAGUCCUUCGGUGGUGGCUUGCUGCGUUUUUACAUUUGGGGAUCUUUAUUCUUCUGAGUAGAAUUCUACAACUAUUCUCUACGGUUGAUUAUCCUGUUAUGAUUAUUAAUGGCAUAUAUUUAUGUUUUACAUGGAUUGUCGCUUUUCGGCUAACUGUUACAAUUGAAAUAGUGAACUUUGUGGAAGAAAUUCAGUUGGAUCCACGACCAACAGCAUCACCAUCAUUAUGCCAUUCUAUUCCUGAAUAA